UACAGCGCACGAUUGUGCCUCGCAGAUGAAAACGCGUGAUUAAAUCACUCGCUGAACGAUACGCACCGAUGCUCUGCAUGCGUUAAUGUUACGGGUGUCGUGCUACAUACGCGUCUUUACAACAUAUUAGUGCACAUUCGUAUUUUUUUACGUGUUGCGUUUAUUUCUUGCUAUUCAUUGAAGGCUUUUUGUCCAUCCAGAUUUCAAUCCAACAACCUACAGACUCUUGUUUCAUGCCUCUUCCUGAAUGACUCUACCUAUUAACCUGAUCUUACUGCUCGCGCAACACACUGUUUUGUGUCACCAAUAAAGACAAGUGGAGGAAAAAAAAACACAGGGGUCAUCAUUAAGGCAAUGAAUGAAGUCGGGGCUGGUGGGCGAACCAGGGGGCAGCAGAAGUUCUUCAGUUUGGAUGUGAAUGAAGAGGAACACAUGAGUUCGUGUAGCAUGGACGUUAAAGAAAACUGCAACCUGGACAACCUCUCCUCCAAGGAGGGACUGGGGGAGGGGCCUCACUUAGCCAAUGGAAGCACAAGGGGAUUGGGCAAGAAACGCCCUCUUGAGGAGGGCAACAAGAGUCAUGGCCACUCCAAAUUCCGCCCCAAGAAGCGCAGGAAAACGCAAGGGCCAGUCUUGCCAAAAAAUGCACUGAUGCAGCUUAACGAAAUAAAACCAGGACUGCAGUACAAAUUGCUGUCUCAGACGGGGCCAGUGCAUGCACCCGUGUUCAUUAUGACUGUCGAAGUUAACGGACAGUUGUUUGAGGGUUCUGGCCCAACAAAGAAGAAAGCCAAACUGAAUGUGGCCGAAAGAGCAUUGCGUUCUUUCGUUCAGUUCCCAAAUGCAUCUGAAGCUCACCUCGCGAUGGGGCGCACGCUAACGGUCAAUGCAGACUUCACGUCAGACCAGGCGGAUUUCCCCGACAUGCUAUUUAACGGAUUCGAGACACCAGCGCCGCCUGAUGACCCUUUCUACCUGAGUCUUGGCAGCAACGGGAUGCUUUGCUCCCUAAAUGAAUACCCAUUGUCUGGAAGUCAAAAAAACAACAAGCUGGCACAUCCGCCCCACCCGCUGUCCUCUGUGCUCACAGCACCCCCUACUGGCAGUGGCAAAAACGCUGUGAUGAUCUUAAACGAGCUUCGACCAGGACUGAAAUACGAGUUUGUGGCGGAGAGCGGCGAGAGCCACGCCAAGAACUUCGUGAUGGCGGUCACUGUGGAUAAGCAGAUGUUCCAAGGUACUGGGCGGAAUAAAAAACUGGCGAAAGCGAGGGCAGCCCAAGCGGCGCUGUCUGGACUCUUUAACAUGCAACUGGACCAGACACCAUCACGCCAGCCAAUUCCAAGAGAAGGACUGCAGCUACACCUGCCUCAGGUUCUAGCGGAUGCCGUUUCUCGUUUGGUUGUGGAGAAGUUCAGAGAGCUGACGGACAACUUUACCUCUUCACACGCAAGACGGAAAGUCCUGGCGGGUGUUGUCAUGACAACUGGUAGGGAUGUGAAGGAUGCCCAGGUGAUCUGCGUUUCCACGGGAACUAAGUGUAUAAACGGAGAGUACAUGAGCGAUCGGGGUCUGGCACUUAACGACUGCCAUGCCGAGAUCAUCGCACGGCGCUCCCUCAUCAGAUACCUGUACAGUCAACUGGAGCACUUCCUCAGUGAUAGCAAAGAGGAACAGGAGAAAUCCAUUUUCAGAUGGUGCAGUGAACAUGGCUACCGGUUAAAAGACGACAUUCAGUUUCAUCUGUAUAUCAGCACGUCGCCCUGUGGAGACGCCCGCAUCUUCUCUCCUCAUGAGGCCUGUGCCGAGGACCAGGGAGACCGGCAUCCGAACCGAAAGGCCCGUGGACAGCUGCGAACCAAGAUUGAGUCUGGAGAAGGAACAAUACCUGUUCGUACGAGUAACACCAUUCAGACCUGGGACGGAGUCCUGCAGGGAGAAAGACUGCUGACCAUGUCAUGCAGUGACAAGAUCACAAGAUGGAAUGUGAUCGGAAUACAGGGGUCUCUUCUGAGUUAUUUCACAGAACCUAUCUAUUUCUCCAGUUUAAUUCUCGGCAGCCUGUAUCAUGCAGGCCACCUGUCCAGAGCCAUGUACCAACGCAUCGCUGACAUGGAGGAUCUGACCCAGCCAUUCACUCUCAACAGACCCCUCCUUAGCGGUAUCAGCAACACAGAAGCAAGGCAACCUGGGAAAGCUCCCAACUUUAGCGUCAACUGGACAGAAGGAGAUCAGGGGUUAGAGAUCAUCAAUGCCACCACGGGGAAAGAUGACCAAGGACGACCUUCUCACCUCUGCAAACAUGCCCUCUACAGUCGCUGGGUCUGUCUACAUGCCAAGCUCACCGAAACGCUGAGGAUCCGGGGUUCUCGGCCAGGCUCCUAUCACGAGGCAAAGCAAGCGGCCGUAGAGUAUCACACAGCCAAACAGACUCUCUUCAAAGCUUUCAACAAAGCGGGGCUGGGAGCGUGGGUUGAAAAACCCAUCGAACAGGACCAAUUUACUCUCACCCCAUGAGAUACACCAAGAGAAAGAGAACAUUAGGGAUUGUCGCUAAGUUUUAAGUUUUAAUCUAACCUGCACAGUUCGUUUACCCUCUUGUCAAUUUUUUGCCUCCGUUAUAAUUGCAAGUCGCUUGGCUCCUUCUAUCAGUUAAAGGUGCACUCAGUAAUUGUUUUGUUUGUUGCACGGGCCAAUAUGGCAAUUGUUUUUAGAAAUGCGCUAUUGGAAGUUAGCCAUUAAUUUAUUCUGCAAUUAAAAGAGUCUGAUAAUUGGGGUGUCAUUGAGAUAAAGUGAGUAGUACUUGCCUGGUCAUAUUAUUUUAAUAUGCCGACCUCAAUGAGGCAAUCUCCAUGUAGAAUAAAAUGGCUUUUCUUUGGCUACUGAUAUGACCGGAGUCUUCAUCUCAUGUGAGUGUACAUCAUUUUAAAUAUGUUUUAAAAAGUAAUAUUUAUUAACUUUUUUAAUUAGGGGAAAAAAAUACUGAGUGCACUUUUAUAAACAUGCUUGUAUAGAAAAUUCCUUGUAUUUGAAUUUGCUUGUCACGAGUUUCCACUUCAUUGUAAAUUCAGUAGGUGUUUGUUUAAAUUUAGCUCAUUUUUGUCAUCAAAUUUCUCGUUUAAUGUUAUAAAUGUCCUGCCAUUUCAUUGCAGCAAAAUAAUAAUAAAGACUGUAUGACAGAACGCUAUAUCUUUAGAAAACCAGAAGAUUUGUUUCUUAAAUGGUGGGGUAGUUUGAUCAUCAGAUGCUUAUGAAUGGUUGUAAGUAGGCUAAUUUGUGUUUAAUUCAUGGGUGAUUUUAAAGAUUCAGUUUUCCUUAAAUGAUUCAUUAUUAAGGAGAUGUACAUAUGAUAAAACAAUACGGCACUUGAACAUCAUGUUGUACAUUUAAACUCCUAUAGAAAUACGUUUGCUGCAUUUUGAGACACUGUAAUGUUCCUAAACCUUUGCCUUUAUGCCUAAAUGGAAAUGAUUUACCCCAAUUAUACUUUGUACAGUUUGAAAAUGACUUGCUACCUAUCACCUAUAUGUUACUGCACUGACCCUUUAAAGCUGUAUUUUUCUUUUCUUUAGUUUUGGUUUGUUUCUUAAUUUGUGAGAGUCUUCAUUUGGAUAAUAUUCUAAAAUAGAAUAAACUCAAGAACUCAACCUAGUUCGAUGUCGAAACAAUAUCUUUUCCCUGGAAAACGUCCAUGAAGCUACUGCGUUCUGCAAUCAAGGGUGCUCUCCUUUUUAUUGUCUGAACUUGGGGUGGACUAUGGAUCCUGUAUGUUUUGGUUCCGUAACACCUGAAUCAGAACUUCCUUUAAGCUCUGUGUCCAAACAGACAAAGACUCAAACGUUGCAUGAGUUUUAGCAUGAAAAGACAUCAAAGGAUAGUCUGUACUUUCAGAAAAUAAAA